AUGGCUGAAGGAGCUCCCGCACAAGGAACGGUUGCGUAUCUUCUUCCUAAUACUUACAAACGGCUAGUCUCGGAAUGGCUGGAGGAGGAUACUCCGAGCUUCGACUAUGGAGGCUUCGUGGUUGGGGAGGACACGUCAGAGGCCAAACUGCUAGGCAAGAGUGAAGUUAGACCCGUACGGAAGUUGUUACUAGGCGAAAGAGUUGCCCUUAACACACUCGCGCGAUGCUCCGGAAUAGCUACAAAGUCCGAACGUCUUCUCGUUCUCCUUCGAAAGGCAGGAUACCAGAACAUCCUUGCGGGCACACGUAAGACAACACCAGGGUUUCGGCUUGUUGAGAAGUACGGCAUGCUGGUUGGAGGAGUCGACCCGCAUCGUAUUGAUCUUUCUGCUAUGACCAUGUUGAAAGACAAUCACAUUGUCGCUGCUGGAAGCAUUACAAACGCCGUCCGCGCUGCUAAGUCUGCAGGUGGCUUCGCUAUCAAGGUCGAAGUCGAAUGUCAAAGCAUCGAGGAGGCAGAUGAAGCCAUCGGAGCUGGUGCAGAUGUAGUAAUGCUGGACAAUUUUACCCCUGAUGGAGUGAAGGUGGCAGCCGCCCAAUUAAAAGACAAAUGGGGAAGGGGUACUGGUGAUAGAAAGGCCUUCUUGGUGGAGGUUAGCGGAGGUUUGACCGAGGAUAAUGUCGAGGGAUACGUUUGCAGGGAUGUCGAUAUUCAAAAUGACCACAUUAUCGUUCCGAACUUCGAGUCACCAAACCUUACCUCUUUGAAAGCUCUAGGAUCUUCUUUCUCUUCCUCUAGUCUUUUAUUUCCAGUAAAUCCUGAUCGGCUGCUAGACCUUUAUUAUGAGAACUUUUACGUGUCGACCCCCAUUACGCUUCCGCUCCGGUUUUUUCGGCAAAGAAUCAUGAUGGGAAACCAUAAAAUGGAGCAUCUACUGCUGGUAAUUCAGUGGAUUGGAUCAAUCUAUGCCCCAUGGACUUCAUCCGAGCCGUUCUAUCAGAAAGCGUACCACGAACUCACUGUGUCCGAACUUCCAAAAACAGGCUUCUCUCUCCAGGCCUUGCUACUGUUUGCUAUCGCGCAACAUCAUUGUGACUUUCGCCCAGAGUCACGGAAAACGUUAGAUGCAGCCGUUGCAUUAGGUCUUGAGUUGCGAAUCAACUCUAAGGAGUUCGCGCAAGACCAUGGGGAGAGGGACCCAGUGCUAGAAGAAUCUUGGCGAAGGACUUAUUACUUUCUUCAUCUUGCCGAUCAACAUUUUGCCGUCGUCAUAGGUAGUGCAUUUUACUCAAUGCGGGAGGUUCUUAAUCUGGUUGAUCUCCCUUGCGAUGAUGAGUAUUACGAAGCUGGCCAAAUACCGCCUCCAGUGACUUGGCAAGAAUACAAAUCAAGGGAGUUCGCUGAAGUCGAAGUGAUCUACUCAUCCCUCGUGUAUCUAUACGAUGUUGCUUCAAUUGUUGCAUAUAUCAUGCGAACAUUCCUUGAAACAGGGGUAUUUGGGGAAACUCUAAUCUCCAACGCAGAGGCAAAGGUUGCCAUAUGGCAAUCGCUGCUCCCAGCUUGCAAGAAGGAUCCGUUACGGCAGGAUGGAACUGUUGACGAGAUCAUGUAUUUAGCACACAUGAUCGCUACUAUUAUCUUGAUGAACACCCACCGUCCCUUCUCUUCACUCUCCUACAGCAUCGAAGAGCUCUCUGUUACCAGCUUCACCUCCCCAAUCCCCUUUUUUGAGCCCCCACUACAAGGCCGCGGCGCACAUACAGCUCGCUCUCUGAAAGCAGCAGAGAUGCAAACAAAACUCCUCGCCAUCCCUUGCGUCAUGGAAAAGCAUCACCUUUUUACCCUGUGCAUAUCUGCCUCUCUUGCCGCGGCGCAAAUAGCAGCCUGCAAUGUCUUGCUAGAAGACCGCGCAUUAUCGAUAGCUCGGGAUCGUAUUCGGUUGAGUAUAGGCGCCCUGAAUGCUAUGGGGAGCCUAUGGCCCCUUGCAAAAAAGAUGGCAAGAGACAUUAGAUUCAUUGCUCGAAGGACACUUUCUAUUCCGCAAAGAAAUCAUUCUGCAGAAGUCGAAGGAACGGCAGAGACUGAAAUCCCAAGAGAUGAUCUGAUCUGGCCUAUCAAUCCCUCCACACAAAUCGACAUGUAUAGCGGCAUAGUUCUGCCGAUGGAUUUGGAUUCGUCGAUGUAUUAAACUUCAUGACACACGGAACAAUGGCGGUCUUAGCUAAAGCAAGGUAUCGAUUUCACCGCUUUUGAAGAACACGAUCCGAAAAUGGGGAAGAGGAGUCUCCCUGAGAACAGGGGAUGCCUGAGGGUGAGGGAGGUUACCAGCGGACCUGCAGGAACCCGCUAUUGAUUAGCGUAUUAGUUCGACUUACAAACUCCUCUCCAAAU